AUGACGGACACAGUGUCCUACCCAUCCCCUUCUACCCCACUCUAUUCCCAGUCCCUCCCACUGCCAUCCCAGUCCCUCCCCGUGCCCCCCAGCGUGUCCAUCUCGCUGGUGCCGUCGAGCUCCCAGCCCGGCCCCGGCCGCCUGCUCUGCUCCGGGAUGGAUUUCUACCCUGCGCCGGUGCAGGUGAGGUGGUUCCAGGAUGGGCAGGAGCUGCCGGAGCACGUGGUGGCCACCGACGUGGUCCCCAACGGGGACUGGAGCUACCAGGUGCUGGUGCUGCUGGAAAUCCCCCCCCGGCGCGGGGUCACCUACAGCUGCCAGGUGGAGCACGUCAGCCUGGAGCACCCCCUCAGCCGGCACUGGGAGAUGCCACUGGACACCGUCCGCAGCAAGAUCCUGGUGGGGGUCGAGGGCUUCGUCUUGGGCUUGGUCUUCCUGGCGCUGGGGCUCAGCUUCUACCUGCAGGAGAAGGGCAAGGCCCUUCCCUUUGGCCUUAACUCAGCCCGGACCUGCUCGGACUUCAUGGGAGAGGUUUGA